AAGAAGUAUGAAGUUCUUACAAUCCUGAACAAAAUCAUCAUCGAUUAUAAUUGUAGCAACCUCGCCUUCUAAAUUGAAUCAAGGUUGAAUUUAAAUCAAUUUAUUUUAAUUUCAUUUCAUUUUCUCUUCUUCCUCGAGUUGAGAAGGAAUAAAAAAAAAGUAAACUAACAGAACGAAACAAUUUUUUCCUCUCUCAAAUCAUAAUCGAAUGUCAUUUUCUUCAGCAUUUGAUUUUCGAGGUGAUUCAAUUUUCUAUGCGUCAAAUUUUUCUUGAUGAUUGUGAUUAAAUUUAAUUACUUUGGCCAUGCUUUAAAAAUCUAACCGAGAUAAACUCGAUUAUCCCCUUAAUCCAUUAUUUGCGAUCAAUUGUUUCUCAUUGGUUGGUUAAUUGAACGACCAUGUCUUCAGAUCCAAGUUUAAUCCAAGAGCUUAAAACUCAGGUCAUGAGUUUCCGUGUCGCUGAGCUUCAAAUGUUACUUGGAUUUGCUCAAAAAAAUCGUAGUGGUAAAAAGCACGAAUUACAAGCUCGAGCAAUUAGUUUAUUACAAAAAGGAAAUUUAACCCUCUCUGUUCAAAAUAAGAUUCGAGAGCUUCACCGACAAAGGUUCUCCUGCAACAAUUCAGACUCUCAAGGAUCAGAUAUUAGCUGUUAUGGAAGUAGUUCAGCUUCUAAAGUGUCAUCUUCAUCUAUAAACAAUGGACUUUCUCUCAGUGUUACUCCAGGAGGUCCAAGUAGAGGAGCCUCAAAUGCAGCCAAUUUACUAAACUCCAGUUUACCGGGUGAUUAUUAUUCAAGUAUGCCACGGAGUUUAGGAGCAUUUGAUUUCUCAGCCUCAUCUCCAUCCAACUCUAAACCUUACAUUUCCUCUUUACCUUUGCCUUAUCCAGUUCUGGCCGAUGUAAAGUUUAAAGUCCUGCCUUUCUUUGAUGUUCUCGGUGAACUUUUAAAGCCAGCAACCCUAAUGCCAAACCCUAAUUCUAGAUACCAGGAGAGUACUUUCAGUUUCCAUUUGACACCUCAACAAGCGAAUGAUGUUUCACUAUCUCGUGAUGUAAAUCAAGAUGGAAGACCUGAAUUUGGUGUACAGAUUCAAAUGAGAUUCUGUCUACUCGAGACAAGUUGUGAACAAGAUGAUAAUUUUCCUCCAAAUAUUUGUGUUAAAGUUAAUGAUAAAAUUUGUCCACUUCCUAAUCCCUUGGCAACAAACAAACCUGGAGUUGAGCCCAAAAGACCAAGUAGGCCGGUUAAUAUUACCCAAUUGUGUAGGAUAUCACCGACUGCUACGAACCAACUAUCUUUAUCUUGGGCAUCAUCAGAAUAUAGUAGAGGCUAUGCUGUUGGUGUUUUCCUUACAAGGCGACUUAUCGCCAAUCAUUUACUACAAAGGAUAAAAUCCAAAGGAGUUCGAAACUGUGAAUAUACCCGUGCAAUGAUCAAAGAAAAGUUAGCACAAGAUCCAGAUUCAGAAAUUGCAACAAUGAUAUUACGUGGGUCACUUCUUUGUCCACUUGGUAAAAUGCGAAUUCAAAUACCCUGUAGAGCGAUGACCUGUACACAUAUACAGUGUUUCGAUGGUUUAUUAUAUCUACAAAUGAACGAAAAGAAACCAACUUGGGUCUGUCCAGUUUGUGAUAAAAGUGCUUUGUUCCAGCAUUUAGUCAUAGAUGGGUUAUUCACUGAAAUCAUAAGUCAAGCGCCCGUUGAUUGUACAGAAGUUCAAUUCCAUGAAGAUGGUACAUGGACACCAUUAUUACCUAAGAAAGAGUUAAAAUGUGAAACCCUUAGUAGUGUAAAUCAUGUUCACAAGAGAACUAAAGAAGAACCAAUGUCACCUCAGCCUAAAAAGACUAAAUCAGAAAUUGAAAUUAUUACUCUUGAUAGUGAUGAUGAAGAUGAUGGUGAUGAUGAUGACGAUAAUGAUGAUGACAAUGAAGACGAUGAAGACACUGAAGAAGAUAAUGAAAAUAGUGUUAUAAACAAUGACAACGAAAAUUCAUCUCGUACAUCAAAAAGUACCCACAUGGGUCAAACAACGCCGAUCAUUUCUUCUGGAUCAAGCAACUCUUCAGACACCACACCUAAUAUUUCAUUACCAUCGCCUGAUUCAUCAUCAGGAUCAUCAGUUUCCUCAAACUUACCCCAUGCCUUAGAUGCCUCAAGUAGUUCACGAACGAUGAUGGACACCUCACACAAUACCAUUCCGUGCUACGCUCCAGCAAAUAAUACCAGUAGAUCAGGAAUCAAUCCACUCGCUGGUCCUCUUACCACGAAUUCAGGUCCACCCUCAAUGGGAACAAGAGGGAGAAUAUCCCUUGGAGGAUUACCUUACCAUUCUCGAUCAAACAUAGACGUACCUUCGUCCUACCCAGGGAUGCCCAUUCUCAAUCCAAAUGCACCUCCUUUUUAUCCUUCGAACGCAUCUAAAUCAUACUCAGGCCCAUACGAUUACGUCCUUUCAAACACUAAUUCCCAUCCAAUGUCUUAUUCAAACUAUGAUGUUUACCAUGGUCAUAAUCAUUCAAUGUACAAUGGUGAUAUUUCAAGAGAUUUAACUUCGUACAGAAAUAGUUCAUCUUCGGGAAAUCGACAAGCAUCAGAUUCUGGUCCUGAAUUAAUUUCAUUAGAUUGACUAUCGAUGAAUGAAUUUAAACAACAAUUUGACUGAUUCAUACUCCAUCAUUGUAUCAUCUUCAUCUUCAUCUUCUUGAUCAUCUAAUUUUUUGCCAUAUCAACGAGCUCGAAUUGAUUAAUUAUCUCCUCUGCUACCCGUUGAUCAUGAUAACAUUAUUUGGAAAUGUAAGGAGAGUGAUUAAGCUAAUCAUUUGAUUAAUUUUCUUAAUUUUCGCACAAUGAUUAAUUGGGAGAGCAAUUUAUCACCACCAUCUAAAUUGUAUCUACUGGAUCAUUGAAUUAGCUUUUAAUCUUCAACAUGAUCAGCCAAAAUUAACCAUCGGGCACAAUUAAACUUAAUUGUCUACUUUUCUUUUGAUUCUAAAUAUCCCCUUCUACAGAAUCUCACAUAUACACAAUUCUAAUUAUUGAUUUUGAUCAAUUUUUUAAACUCACAAUCAAUAAUUUAAUUCGUCUUUACCUUCAUACGGUAGAGAAUUAAAUUAAUAUAAACUAAAUUAAGCAAAUUAUUAAUGACCUAAUUGUUUUUCUGUUGGUCUCUAUUGAGUCAACCUUUUUUUUAUAUACACAACAAUUAGAUUUAGCUUUAUUGUUACAAUUAAGCUGGUUCUGAAUCAACCAAAGUUUAAAAAGUUCAGCAAAUAAAUAUCAUUGACAAAUUA